AUGGCUCGUCUACCUUUAAUAGUACAAAAUGAGAGGCGUAAAAGAAUUGGUCUUGCUAUUACAAUAUGGUUGCAAAUGUGUACAGUUGCGAAUUGGUUCUUAGUUGCACUGGGUGCCAUUCAUAGUCUGCAUACUUAUAGACCAAGGGUUAGAUCCUAUAUUUUAGAUUUUUAUGCAAAACGAGAUUAUGUGAAAAGACUUGUAGAUGCUAGUGACGAGACGUGUAUUGAACAAGUUAGGAUGAAUAGAACUACCUUUUUUAAACUAUGUGAGAUGUUACAAACUUUAGGGGAAUUGAAGUCGUCAAGGAACAUGCUUGUUGAUGAGCAAGUGGCAAUGUUUUUACAUAUUAUUUCUCAUCACCUUAAAAAUCGAGUUAUCAAGCAUCACUUUAAUAGGUCCGGGGAAACCGUUAGCAGAUCAUUUCACAAUGUUUUAAAUGCUGUCAUACGCUUACAAGAUGUGUUAUUUAAAAAGGCAGAGCCAAUUACAGCUAAUUCUACAGACCCAAUGUGGAAAUGGUUUAAGAAUUGCUUAGGUGCUUUAGAUGGAACCCACAUCAAGAUUAGGGUUCCAACAGUUGAUAAACCUAGAUAUCGAACACGAAAAGGUGACAUAACAACAAAUAUGUUAGGUGUUUGUACACCUGAUAUGCAAUUUGUUUAUGUUCUUCCUGGUUGGGAAGGUUCAUUCUUCGAUGGACGAGUUCUUCGAGAUGCCAUAAGUAGGAGACAUGGACUAAAAGUUCCUCAUGGUUGUUAUUAUCUAGUUGAUGCUGGAUACACAAAUUGUGAGGGAUUUCUUGCUCCUUUUAGAGGACAAAGAUAUCAUUUGAAUGAGUGGCGUCAGGGUUACCAGCCAAGUACUCCGGAAGAAGUUUUCAAUAUGAAACAUGCUUCAGCGCGUAAUGUUAUUGAAAGAUGUUUUGGGCUAUUAAAACUUAGAUGGGGAAUACUUAGGAGUCCAUCAUUCUAUCCUAUAGUUAUGUCAGGUUUUUCCCAAUCAAGUGUUUCUUCCCAGAGUUCUCGAGGAACCAAAAGGAAAUGGGUUCCAGAAGAAGAUGUUGCGUUGGUUGCUUGUAUGGUUGACUUGCACAAUGCUGGAACCUUUAAUGCGGAUACGGGAUUCAAAGCCGGCUAUUUAAAUGAGUUAGAAAAAAUGAUGGAAAAAGUUUUACCCAAUGCCAUGUUGAAGGCUAAACCUAAUCUUGAAUCGAGGAUUAGGACAUUGAAAAGGGAUUGGUCAAUCGUUUAUGACAUGCUUAGUGGAAAAAACAAUAGCGGCUUUGGUUGGGAUGAGCAUAGGCAGCUUGUUGUUGCUGAAGAUGUGAGUCAUAAAGAAGCAACUCAAUUCAGACAUCGGAGUUUCCCUUAUUAUGACCAACUUACUGCCAUUUACGCAAAAGAUCGAGCCACUGGAAAAGAUGCUCAAACAGCUGCUGAUAUUAUUGAAGAAAUAAAUGUUGAAGAUGUAGCUGCUACAAAUUCUCAUGAAGAAAGAAACGAUUUCCAUGGAUCCGAAGCUGAUGUUUCUUUAGAUGACAUGGAUCUUUCAGCUACACAACCUCAACCAAAACCGCAACUAGCUAGAAACCAAGGUGAUUCUGCAUUUUCAAAGAAGAAAAAAAGAUUUCUGAUGCAAGUGAUUUUUCUACUUCAUUUAAUGAUGCUGUCGCUUUAUUGGCGGAAAAUAUACGGACCGUUGGCCUUGAAAUCAGCAAGAGUAUUGCAUCCGAAGUGGUAA